CUUCCUUUACUGUUGUUAUGCGUGCCACUUGCCCUAUAUAAACAACCACCAACGAUCCACCAUCUCCUCGCAGCCACAGUGACAGUAAUAACUCUCAUCUUCUUCAUCACAUCGAAAUCAACAAAUAUGGUUUCUUUCUUUCAAGCAGCUAUAUUUCCAGAUACCAGAUCAAAAACCAACGCUGAGUUUGAUCAUCUGUCAAAGCGGAAGAGGGAAGACGUCUUCGACAGGGAAGAAAGUUUCAAUAAGCGAUCAAAGCCAACCUUCGAUAUGGAUCUCCACCUCGAGACUCCAUUGCCUUUGGAGUGGGAACGAUGCUUGGAUAUUCAGUCGGGUCGGAUUCAUUUUUAUAAUACGAGAACCCAUAAGACGACAUCUGGGGAUCCGAGGAAGAGCCCUGAGGUGCCAAGUCCCGGCAGUGAUAUCAUGAGCUUAGAGCUUGAGCUAAACCUACCUUGCAACCCCAACAACAAAGAGCCUUUGGGUGAUGAUCUUUCUAUUUAUAUCAGCGGAGAAAAGAAGAAAUCGCCGGGAGUCUUACCACGUUGUCCGUCGUGGUUGGCAUUCGAAAGGGACGAUGAACAAGAAAUGGUGGCGACGGCAUGCAUGCGGUGCCACAUGUUGGUGAUGCUGUGCAAGUCGUCUCCUACAUGCCCCAACUGCAAAUUCAUGCACCCGUCAGACCAAAGCUCGCCAAAGCUAUUCAAGCAUAAGCUUAACCUCUUGUGCUAGCUAGCCAUAGCACAGUUUGUAUGUUAAUUUGGAUGAAAUGAAAAGCUAAAGUUUAAUA